AUGCUUACAAAUUUUAAGGCCAUGGACUGCAGGAUGUCAUUAAAAGUACAUAUGCUUCAUGCUCAUUUGGAAAAAAAGUGUAUAACAGCGCCAUCUGGUGAUUCACAUUUGAAUACGAAUUCUAGUGAAAUGCCCAAUCCAUCAAGACAAAGGAAUUAUGUGUGCGAAGUUCUUUGCGAUUGCUCCAGAUGGCGUUCGAUGCAUAACUACCCGUAUUGUUGGUAUCGAAAAGGAAAAAGGCUAGAUAAUGUGGAAUCUAGAAUAUUUAAACUGGAAGAGAGCGUGCUUCAGCUGGGGGCUAAUAAUCAGCAUAGCUGUGAAGUAAACGGUGAAGUAGAACUAUUGAAGAGACGCCUGAAUCAGUCUGAACAGCAAUGCCUCAUGAAUGAUGUGGAGAUCGCGGGAGUUUUCGAGGCGAACGGCGAAAAUACUGAGCACGUCGCGAUUUCAUUGGCUCAAAUAUUAGAAUUAUUUGAACAGAAAGGUUGGACUCUUGAAUCCAGGGUCACUAGGAAGGUGGACAUACUAGCCGUAAAGGAGACGUGGCUUCGGGAGGGAGAGACGGGACGCGCUCCUCAGGUGACGGGUUACAGGCUUCGACAUAUUCCGCGCCCACCGUCGGUUCGCACUCGCGGUGGAGGCGUAGGUUUUUACAUUAAUAAAAUGAUGUCUGUUCGUUUAUUGUCACAUCCUGCUGUAAAUCUAGUUGAACAGAUGUGGAUGCAGCCAAUUGGUUUAGUACUGUCGCUGUAA